GUUCUUCAGGCCCUGUCCUUCAUCGUCCUGCCUUUCAUUCCUGCGUCCAACCUCUUCUUCCCUGUGGGCUUCGUGGUGGCCGAGAGGGUCCUCUAUGUGCCCAGCAUGGGCUUCUGUGUGCUCGUUGCUCAUGGAUUCAAGAUCAUCUCACAUAAAGGGUACUUAAAGAAGAUUUCCUGGUUGGUAAUCGGGUUGCUUUUGGCCACACAUGCAGUGAAAACGUUUAAGAGGAAUUGGGACUGGGAGUCUGAGUACACUCUGUUCACUUCGGCCCUGAAGGUCAACAAGAACAACGCCAAGCUUUGGAAUAACGUUGGCCACGCUCUGGAGAACCAAAACAAUUACGACACGGCUCUGCGGUAUUUUCUCCAGGCUACACGCGUCCAGCCAGAUGACAUUGGUGCUCACAUGAAUGUUGGAAGAACCUACAAGAACCUGAACAAGUCCAGAGAGGCAGAAGAUGCGUACUUGGUUGCCAAAUCCCUCAUGCCACAGGUUAUUCCUGGUAAGAAGUAUGCGACUCGUGUGGCCCCUAACCAUCUCAACGUUUACAUAAACCUUGCUAACCUGAUACGGGCAAACGAAUCGAGGUUGGAAGAGGCCGACCAGCUCUACCGACAGGCCAUCAGCAUGAGGCCAGACUUCAAACAAGCCUACAUCAGCAGAGGGGAGCUUCUUUUGAAGAUGAACAAGCUGAGCGAAGCGCGGGACGCCUACCUCCGAGCCUUGGAGCUGGAUCGCACCAACGCUGACCUGUGGUACAACCUGGCCAUCGUCAACAUCGAGAUGAAAGACCCAUCGGAAGCUCUGAAGAACUUCAAUCACGCACUCGAGCUGAACCCACGCCACAAACUGGCACUCUUCAACUCAGCACUUCUGAUGCAAGAGUCUGGUGAGCCAAAGUUCCGGCCUGAGGCGAACCGUCGCUUCCUGAUCUACGUGGAGGAAGAGCCCGAAGACGCCAACGGCUACUUCAACCUCGGCAUGCUGGCCAUGGACGCCAACGAAAACGUGGCAGCCGAGCGGUGGAUGAAGAGAGCGAUUGGUUUGCAGGCCGGCUUCCGCAGCGCCCUGUUUAACCUGGCGUUGCUUUACUCUCAGUCCAAACGAGAGGUAGACGCGCUGCCAGCGUUGGACGAGCUGCUGCGCCACCACCCUGAACACAUCAAGGGUCUCAUCCUGAAGGGGGACAUCCUCAUGAACCACAAGAAGGACACAAAUGGCGCCAAAGCCUGCUUCGAGAGAAUUCUAAGCGUGGAUCCCACCAACGUGCAAGGCAAACACAACUUGUGUGUCGUGUACUUCGAGGAGCGAGACCUCCCGCGUGCCGAACGCUGCCUGGAGGAAACGCUCGCUCUGGCACCCAACGAGGAGUACGUGAAACGCCACUUGAGUAUUGUUCGCAGUAAGAUGGCCGCCAUGAGCUCCGCAGGGCAGCCACUUACAGCACGGGGAGAAACCACGUCUGCUCAGGACGAAAAACCCCUUAAGGGAGUUGAGGACAGGGAGGAGGAAGUGUCUGAGGGUGAGGAGGAAGGGAGGGGUGCUGAUGCUGUAGGGAAGGGGGCUGAGAAUGAGAAGAAUGUGCGGAAAUCCUCCACAGAACGCCUCGGAGGUGAAGGCGUCGACCAAUCAGAGUCUCUGGACAGUAGCCAGUCUGACAAGCGGACUAAGGGUAAGUCCACGAAAGAGAUUUCCGAUAUAGAGGGGAAAAGAGCAGCCGCCUUGAAGAGACUGGAGGAGAUUGAGCGCAUAUUAAGUGGUGAUUGACACGGUUGUAAUUUAUAGUUGGGACUACUUUUUUUAUAGAGCUCCUUUGAGGCUCCGGGAUACGACUGCAUUUCCCACUCUUAUUGUCAUUAUUCCCUUUUUGAUUUACUCACUCGCUUGCAGGCUGCUCCGCAUGUUUGAUUUGACACUAAUCAUGUGAAGAAGGGAAAUCUGCACACGAAUCUUACGUAACAAUAAGCACAAGUUGGGAUCAUCUAUUUAAAAGCAGACGUAGAUGCUAAUGUGAGCUUCACCUGAACGUGAUUCCACAUAUCUGCCGUCGUUAUAAAUAAGAGUUGUUUAUCACUGGAUUUUUCUUUUUGUUAAGAUGUGACUCAAUCCUACGAGUUAUUGUUUUUAAAAACAGAAUGAUUGUAUCACGAACAAUUAUAGGAAAUGACGUGUUGCCAGAUUUCCUCGUGGCAGGAUGAUAACUGUGCCUCAGAAUAACACUGCAUCAACACCCAGAGUAUUUUCUCUUGCACAAAACUAAUCUGCAUUGAUCUCGCGCUUCCUGCCACUACCCCAUCAAUCCUCACAGCUGCCUUUCCACUCAAUGUAAUUUUCAUGGCAGCUAAAAGACUAUUAUCUCACUCUCUUUGUCACAUUAGCCCUCUCAUCUCAACAGCUGUCCGCCAUAUUUGAGACAUGACAGCCACUGUAAAUAUGUAGUUUUCUGCUCUUCUACCCCACACACACAUCAUUUUUGGAGUCACUGAUUUUAUGUGACGGUCCACAAUUACGCACGCUCACCCUCGGCCUCAGGCCUCAUCAUGUGUUCCUCAUGUUUCUUCCACUUUACAGAAGGAAUCUUCACAGCACAUUUGCAGAAAACAGAUCUUCACAUUCAUCCCGUUCCACAGCAGUCACUUUUUCAAUAGCGUUGGGUUGUUCCGCAUUUGAGUGUUUUUAGUAGCCUUAGUAUUCACUUCCUCCAGCAUUCAUUCUUGUGAUCACACUAAAUCAAAAUGACUCAACGUUAGGAGAGCUGGGAUGAAUUGAUUUUGGGUAAGAAUCCAGAGGCUUGCCUUUGAAGAUACUGCGGUUCACAUAUUCCUAUAAUCGAUUAUUAAAAGAGGUUUGUUUCUAAGAACAGUAAGUGUUUGCGACAGAAUUAGAUUAUAUGUGUGGCUGUUACCUCUGCCAUCAUUUUUGACGGAAAUAGUUAUUCUUGAAGUCACGGGAAAUUAAGAAAACGUAUAGAGUAGAAUAUGUCCACGUUAAGCAUAAACAUACUGCAUGUUGGCCAUUGUCUGUUGAUACUAUCAGGAUUAUUUGAUACAACUUUUUCAAAUGUAAAAGCUCCAUAAUUUUCAACACGUAACUCUGCUUUCAUCCCAUCAUUCUUCACGUGUGUCAUUGCACCGCAGACUGAAGUUACUAACAUACUGAAGAGGAUUAAUGCUACAUGUGACAUUUCUUUGAGAUCUGAACAAAAGUGAAUAUCUUUUUGGAGUUCUGAGAAAAAUUCACUUUUGUCAGCUCUCAAAAUUAAUGUCACAUGUGGCCCUAACCCUCUACCGUAUGAACCGAAUCAAUAUUUUUUUCUUUUGAAUCGUGAAAUACCCAAAGAUUGACAUCGCAUCCAUCGACAGCUACUCGUGUCAUUUAAGGCUGUUCCAGGCGGCGAUGACGCAUCAUAAAUCAUAAAUCUCUCCUGCUCUUGUUACCGAAAGAUGCAACCGAGUACCAGUUGAUUUAUGAAGCCACAUCGUAAACACUUAUGUUACUGCACAACAGCGUAUUAACUCAAGACGUGAGCACACUUGUGGUUGUGAGGAAAAGUCAACAAAGUUCGAUUGAUCACGCUCGGAACAAAGCGAUUUAAGUCAGUCUGCCUCUCGAGCUCCUAUAACGUUCCUGUUUUUGCGUCACAGUACGGUUAAAGUGCGACGCCCCUCUGCUCAGUGCAAUUCUCCAUUUAAAGCAAAGUAGUGUACGUUAGCAGUACAGCGGUGGUACUAAGGAGCCUUGCUAUGCAUUGACCUUUCAGCCCUGAUUUAUAUAUACAGUGUACUUGUAUCCAGUGUUAUUUAUAUGAUUAUGUUCUCUUUGUUAACCACUUGCUUUGAAUGUACGGUGCAUUGUCUUGUCUAUUCUUUUUAAAUGUCACUAAUAAACCAUAUAUGUUUUUCACUUUGAAACAACAGAGCCAUGUCAGUGUUAAAAAUGUGUGUAAUAUCCAAUCAAAUGUGGUACAGCUUUGGACGAGGAGACACGCAGUUUGUACGUUUAUUUUCCUCAUUUCGCUGAGUGGCUGAUUUUUGUAUUUCUUUUUAUGCAAUAACCGUUGGUGGUGG